AUGUCCGAUAUUAACACAACUCUCCUCAACUCAAUUCAAAAGAUUGAGGUUGAUCUUGCUGAAAUCAAGCAAGCAUUGCGCGAGCUUCAAAGGCAAUUCAGCAAUCAAUUUGCACCAGCAGUCAGUGCGGAAGAUCUAACUACAAUGCAACAAAGCAUUAUUGAGCAGAGUUCUCUUGAGUGCAUUGCUGAGUCUGUGAAAAGAGCCCAGCUCACAGAGUACCCUGAUCAGCUCGGUAAGCGAGUAAUCAAUACUGGCGGCGAGUUCAAAGGAAAAAAUGAAGCACAAAAAUACAAUCUGUUACUUCAGAUUCUUCACGAGCAGGACUGGAAGGCGCGCUGCAAAGAAGUUCCACAAGGGCAGCCUUUGCCCCCAUUAGUCCCUCUUUCAGACCAUGAUUUGACAGUAAAAAGACUGCAUCUCAAAACAUUAGGCCAUAUGGUAAAGCAUGAUAUCAUUGACAAAGACUAUCCUACGGCCUCAAAAGAAUGGAAGAAUAUCCCAGAGAAAAACAGGGAAUACUACAUGAUGCAUUUGGAAAGGUUGGCGAAGAAUGGUGGAUUGCACAUCCACCAAUGUAAAAGAAUGUGGUGUGCAAGAAGCCUUCUUCGGGAAAGCUUCAAGAGCGACAACCAGACGCACAAGAGAAGAAUGGCAGAGAAGAACAAAACACAGUCUCCUCCACUCACAGCAAGUGUCGAGCCUGCUCGCAAGAGAAGCCGAAGAUCUAAUAUUUUUGUACUGAUAUAUUAUACUUGGGAGUCGUUCUAUUAUAUAGUAAAUGCUUAUUUUACUGAACAAGUAAGCAUAUUAUAUAAAGAAAUUGACCAUUCUGUUAAAGCUGCAAAGAAAAAACAAGAGGUUGUGCUAGAAUUGAAAGCAAUAGAACAAAAGAAAGAAUUUGCUGAUACUAUUACAAGUUUCUGCCGUGUUGCUUAA